AGCCGCAGUCGCAGUACAUCGCAGAGUCAGUCGCAGUGGCACUCGAGCGUGAGGGUAGUCGCACGCGUCCCCUUGGUCUGUUUUACUAAAAAAGUCGAGAGAAUAACUGGUCUGUUUUAAUAAACCGCGCAAGAACUAACGAUUACAACAAAAAAACACAAUAAUCUAAACCUAACGAAGAACGAGUUUUAAAUAAUAUUAUUUAUAAAGAAUCGAGCAGAAACGAGAGGAUUCCAGCAAAGAAAAAAAUUUGUCGCUUGAAUUUCCGUUGGAGACUUCCGAUAAAAAAUUCUUCAGUUCAUUUUUCCCCUCGUUGAACACAACAGAGUUGAAUUUUUUUCAUUAUCCGAGAGGUACACGUUGGGAGAUAAGUUGAGACAAUUAUCAUCAGUGAAGGAUUUGUAAUUAUUAUUUUUAAUGAAAUUCAUGUAUCGAGGAUACAUGAGUUUGGUGUAACGGCUGAGUGACAUUUUGGUUCAUCAAAUAUACACCGAAACUACUGACUAACGAACUCAAACGACCUUCAACGUCUGAUAUAUCCGGAGAGGAGUAAAUAAGACAAUUGUUUGGUAUUUCAGAGUGUGUGGGAUUAUUGAUAAAUACAACCAAAGGCUAAAUUCAAAAAUCAAAACAGAUAAUUGGUGGUGAGGAGAGGGGUGAGAGAGACAGAAAAAUUUUCAACGUGUUUAUAAUUUAUUUUUGUACGAGAAGCCAUUUCACACAUAAUUUUUCUACUUUUCGCACACAACACCGACGACGUAAUACUCGAAGAAGACAUUUCAAAAAAAAUCCUAAAGUAGAAGUGACAGUAAAGCAACGACUGAAAUUAACGUGUCAAAUAUCCAAGUGAUCAAGAAAUUACUAUCAUUUUUUCUUCGUCAACAAUUGGACAACAGAGAGGUGACUCAGGCUGAUUGAGAAUAAUAAUUCAUUGGAAUAAGAAGAGAAGAUGCCGACCAGUUUGUUCAGCGAUAUGGAUCGCAGUGUUUGUAACGCUGGGGCUGGCUCCAUCGAGGAGCAGCGGGCUCUUCAGCUUGCCUUUGAGCUUUCCAUGUUGAGUAUCGAGGGUACACAGGGCUGUGGAGGAGCCGGUGGUGGUGCUGGUAAUGUCACUAAUUCAGAUCCAAGUGAUCCACUACAGUCGACACCAACGAAUGUCUUCGAGGAGGCUAGAUCCAAGAAGAGUCAGAAUAUGACUGAGUGCGUUCCUGUACCAAGCAGCGAACACGUGGCUGAGAUCGUGGGACGACAGGGUUGCAAGAUAAAGGCACUCCGUGCAAAAACAAAUACCUACAUAAAGACACCAGUUCGUGGUGAGGAGCCGGUAUUCGUUGUGACUGGUAGAAAAGAGGAUGUUGCACGUGCUAAACGUGAAAUAUUAUCAGCUGCUGAGCAUUUUUCCCAGAUACGUGCAUCACGAAAGAGUUCACUUGGUGCAUUACUUGGUACACCACCAGGUCCACCAGCAUCAGUACCAGGUCACGUGACAAUUCAGGUACGAGUGCCAUACAGAGUUGUUGGUCUUGUUGUUGGCCCAAAGGGUGCGACAAUAAAAAGAAUUCAGCAUCAGACACACACGUAUAUUGUCACACCAUCACGCGAUAAGGAGCCUGUUUUUGAAGUUACUGGAUUACCAGAGAGUGUUGAGGCAGCUAAACGUGAAAUUGAAGCGCACAUUGCAUUGAGAACAGGUACAACAGCUGGACCUGGUAUGGUUGGGGAGGAGGUUGAUUUAUUGGGUGCACUUUGUCGUGGUGGAUUGGGAUCAAUUCUUGGUAGUCUUGAUCCACCAGGAUCAAAUGGUUCAAAUGGCUCGAGCAGUGGUGCAUUCUCGAGUAGUGGUAGUUGCAGCAGUUCAUCAAGUAGCUCAGGUGCACCAGGACUCAACGAUCUUGUUGCUAUCUGGGGGGCUGGAUUAGAACGCGAUGAGGGAUUGGGUGAAUCACCAUCAUUUGAAUCACAACCAGCAUCAGCAUCAUCAAUAUGGUCAUUUCCUGGUGUUGCAUUGCCAUCGAGACCGUCACCACCAGCAUCAGCUAGUCCAGCAAGUCCAACCGAUUCACUACUAGGCAGUGGUAGCGCUGGUGGUAGACGUGAGUGUGUCGUUUGUGGAGAUAAGGAGGUAACAGCGGCACUUGUACCAUGUGGACACAAUCUAUUCUGUCUUGAUUGUGGUAAUCGAGUUUGCGAUAGCUCAGAUCCAAGUUGUCCAGUGUGCUCUAGGCCUGUACUACAGGCACUGCGAAUUCUCUCUUAAGCAGAGCCACUGUUGUCCAUUAUCACUGGUUUAUUAUUUUUUAUUCAUUUUUUUUAUACCAUAAUUUUUCCGUCAUUUGCGUUAUUUUCCUCUUCAAUUGACCCCCCCUCCCCCCUCCGGUUUCACCACUUUUUUUUUUGGACGGAGUAGAGAGAUGAAUAUCGAUGGUGACAUCAAGAUUUAGGAUGGAAGGCUCAUUCGAGGGACCCUUAAGAGUCUAGGAAGACGCGCACAAGAUUUUCAAUUCCACACUGCUGCUGCCAAUAAGUCUUAAUGAUGAAUAUUAACGUGAGAAUUUAGGGAAAAAAAUGAUUAAUGCAUCGUUAUAAGUAAUAAAACCCGGGAAAUUAGAAUGCGUUCGCUCAUUUCCCGCGUCGUACCGGAUACAACGAAUCGAUUAAUAUUCUGUAGCUGUAGAUCUACAACUUGCAGGCCAUUUGCCAGUUUCAUAACAAAGAAGAUUUUAAAAGAAUUCCAAUUGAGUAGAACCAAAAAAAAAAAUAAUGAUGAAAAUUCAAGGGUUUAAUGGACAUUUUAGACACCGCAACCCCGUUUUAUCAUCCAGGGGGUAUUAAAAAACAAUAUAUUAAAUAUAAAAAAAAGAACGAAUAGCUCAAGCGGCUCAAAUUCUUCCACCCGCCAUCCCUCGCUUAGAGUAUUAUCUUUAUCUUUAUAUAAGCAACAUAGCAAUUGAAAUAAUAAUAUAUAUUAUAUAAAAAAAUUAUAAACAUAAAUAAAUAUAUAUAUGAAUAUUUUAUCGAGAAUUUAGAUUUUGUAUUUUCGCGCGUUUCGCCGACGGGAUGACUGGCGGAAGUUCGAGAUCGUCGGAUUAUAUUUAACAGAAAAGAAAAUAUAAAAAAAAAAUCAUUAUGAAGAAAAAAAAACUGCAAAAAAACGAUUAAAAAAAUAAAAUAAAAAAAAUUAAAAAUAAUGAUUAUGUAGAAGCGAGGUAGAUUGCGGGGUUGUGGCGGUGAUUUUCUGGGUAGAGGUGUUUCUCCCGACUCUCCGUAAUUUAAAAGAAAAAAAAAUUAUAUAAAUAAGAAAAUACAGAGGAAUAAUAAACUCAGAUUAAAAUCAUGUGCACACAUCUCCAGUUAAAACUCGUCUCCUCGCGCCGCGUUCUCCCUUGAGUGUAUUCAUCAACUAGUAAUAAUCAGAUUAUAAGUAAUGAUAGAAUGAUGAAAAAAAAUAAUAAUUAACACGCACUUUUUUCAAGUAGAAGACAUUCGAAGGGCGCAUGUAGCUUUUAUUUCCAGAGACGUAUUAUAUUGUAUUAUGAAAUAUCUAUAAAUAUAUAUCUAUAUUAGAGGAAUAUAUUAUAGAGAUGCGAAACGACAUGGAUAUUACGAGGGAGAGAUAGAUUAAGGGUAUGAGGAGACGUACCAAUCUGAAAUAACGAUGAGAGACAAAUUCUUACUUCGUAAUGUUUUUUAUUUUCGAAUGAAAAAAUAUAUUCCCAACGCACAUGUUUCCUUUUGACACUGAUGAUGAUCUGGUGGAUGUCCUUGGAGGGAGAUUCAAUAGGGGUUUCUAUAGGCUUAUCGUUUGCAAUUGGGACUUGAAUUAUCGAAAUUUCGGGAUAAUUGAUUUUGGGUAAUUUCAGGAUUUUUCAGGUUCCAAUAUUUCUUUGUCACUCUGGGGACGUGUCCGGUGGAUCAUCUAUAGUUUUUUUUUCUUAUGUGGAGACAUCAGAGGGUGGCCCGUAUUCUUUGAACAUUCAAUAUUCUGUAUUUAUAUCUUGUCAAUCAUUGCCAUAUAGAUAAAUUAUGAAAUGAGAGUCAUAUGCUUGAACGAUAUCAAGUUCGAGGAUUAAAACGUGCUCAAAAUAGUAUUGAAUAAACGUUCAAGAUCGACCGGUGCGAGGAGAUUCGAUAUUAAAUGCAUUUUUUUAAUUAUCAUUUGAAGUUGAAAUUAUUUUCAAUGCAUUAUUCCAGUAGAUGUAGAAUAUCUUGUGCGCGAGAUGAUGGGUAACGUUGAAAAUUCACCUAUUUAUUAAUUAAUUAAUUUUUUCUUUCGCCCAUCCUUAUGUGGAAAAACGAUAUUAUCAAUCAUUAAAUAAGUGACAGGUGCAUCUGAAAAUAUUUUAACUUUCGGGGUGAACUUGUAUUUAAUUAAUUAAAUGGUAUUUAAGUUCUCUGCAAUUAUGAAAAAAUAAACGCGUUUAAAUGACAUUCGAUCGCACUCUAUUGUAUUAUAACAUUGUCACAGCAAAAUAAUGAACAAAACAAAAGAGAUGAAAAACACAGCUCCCUUUGGUGGAAGAUUUAUUAUAUAUUUUCAGUUCAACGGCAAGAAUUCUAUAUUUUUUCUAUGUUACGUAUAAAAGUUUAAAAAAAAAUGUGGUGAAGAGUUAGAUAUGCUGACGAACAAGAAUUAAGUGAAAAAAAUAAAUGGUGAUGACGUGCAUACAUACGCAUAUAUAUAUAUUUAUAGGUAUUUGUCGGAACAGCAUCCACAUAAUUGAAGGAAAAAAAAACAAACAACAUUUCCCUGAAUGAAACAUAGAUGACAUGUCAUUGGGGUGUUUAAAAUAUAUUGUAGACUAUAUGCAGAGUUAAGGGAAAUAACUGAAAAAAAAUGUCAUUCACUUCAACAUAAGUCUGAUUGCAAAGAGGAAGGUUAAAGAGGAUAUAUUAUAAUGAAUUUUUUUUUUGAUUGUGGGGAAUCGAGCGAGACGCCAAUUAAUGCAUUUUUUCUCCAGCAGGGUGGUUUUGCAGGGCGAUCUUGAGUGCGGGAUUUCAUUUUUUAAAAUUAGAUAAGAGUGAAGAUGAUGAAAAAAAAAUUCUCAAUACAUAUACAUAAGAUUAUUAAUAUAUUAAAUAUAUAUAAAUUAAGAAAGAAAAGCUAAUUAUCUUUAUAACUAUAUUCUACGGCGCGCAGAAAUCUUUUCUUUACUCAUUAUCGUAAUUAUGAUGCUUAUUUUAUCGUCAUAAUUCAUCAGUUUAUAUUUUUUCAAUUGUAAAAGAGGUAAUAGUUAAAAGACCAGCGGAAUUUAUUUGAGCAUAACAGCUAAUUGCUGAGUCUCGUGUUAAGUGAAAUGAAUUUUUGUGAGCGGUUGCCGAAAUUACAGUCUCCUGGAUUUUUGUGUGCAAUUUUGAGAAUCAGAUGAGUUGAAAGAAAAAAUGGCGCGAAUGGAAUUCUGCAUUUGUUUGAUUUGUUUUUUUUUUUUAUUGAAUUCUUUAUUUUAGAGGAGAAACACUUAAUCUCGAAUAACUUAAUUGACUACAAAAUAAUGUUGUCGAGAACCUCCGCUAGACCUAGAAGAUUUUUAAAAAACUUUGAUUUUCACUGAAUUUAUUUCGAUGAAAUAUGAUUAAUCAAAGUAAAUCAAGGGGGUGGAAUAAAUGACCUUCACUUUGGCCGAGGUUCUGACAUCAAAACACCGCUCGUUGCUCAUUACUUUUUCAUAAUUUUUCACCUUCACAGUCACGUGUCAUAAAACAUCGAUCCUCAAAUAUUAGAAAUAUAAUGACUUCCAUACGUGUGUUUGUGAUAAUACCACAAAAUUCAAUCAACAUAAUUAAACAUUUAAAAAUCGUUCAUUGAGAAACUAAAAAAAAGCAAUAAUCUUCACAUUAAAAUAUCUAGUUACGAUUAAUAAAUAAAUCAGUGAGAGACGUAAAAGAGGUAAAAAUAUGCGCGGUCGUGUGAAAUAUCGCGACACGUUACUGAGGAUAUUAUAAUAAUUAACAUGAGAUUAAACUUAAUUAUCUAAACGAGAGAAACAAUAGAAACGUAAAGGUAUUAAGGCAUUAAACGUAAUAAAUAUAUAGCCAUUGGCUGUGACCGAUAACUGCCAUUUUUUCGUAAAAAAAAAAGGAAGAAACUUAAAGCAAAAAAAAUCGUAAUGAGUAAUUAAAUAUGCCAAGAAUAAAGAUGUAGGAUUUUUUUCAAAAAAAAAAUAGAAAAUGAUGACAAGACUAAACGUGCGAUAAUUCUGAUUUUGGUGUGAUAUUUUGGCAAGAUUAUUCAGGGGUUAUGGGGCUGAUUGAAUUUAAAUGUUCAUUAGUGGCUGUAGGCGCAUUUAUAAUCGUCGCGUGAUUUUUAUUAACUGAACAUUUGACCUUUGGAUAAUCGUAAAUUAAUUAUUGCCCCAUUUCCCAUGAGUACGAUAAGACAUUGAUUAAAACAUAUAUGAUGAUAAUAAAAAAAAUAAAUAAAUAAAUAAAAAAAAUGAAAUUUUAGUGAACGCGAACAUGACGAUACAUAUCUCAAAGAAUAAUAAUUAAACAUAAGGAUAAAAACUAGUAAUAGGUGAAAUGAAGAGUGAAAAAAUAAAACCUAAAAAAAGUAUAACGUAUAUGAUUUUAUCGUAAAGAGAAACAAAUAUAUAUAGAGGAAACAAAAAAAAACGGAAAAAUAAAAAAAAAAUGAUUGUUGCUUAAUUUAACUUGUCUUUACUAUAUUGUCAUAUUCUAUUUACGAGGUAUGUUAUGUAUUAUUAUGAAUGUUCGUAUAAUUGCGGUCUAUUAUUAUAAAUAUUAUCAUUAUUAUUAUCAUUGCUAUUAUCGCUAUUAUGAUUAUUUAACGAAAACAUUGAAUUAACGACUGCAGUAGAAAUUUGCCAUAAAUUGCCAGAUUUUUCAUUAAUAAAAUUUUAUUUUACUUAUGAAGAAUUCCAUUGCAAUGGCCAACUGAUGAUUUAACAAUCAGAAUUUUGGGACGUGAAUAUUUUUGAAAAAUUCUCGUGUAAUUAUUCAUGUUUCUAAAAUGACUCGUCAACCAUUCGAUUGAUAAAGUAGGCUGUCAAAAAAAAUUAACACACAGUUUGUCGCUCCACCAGUGAAUACUGAUAUUGGCGAUUUCGUAUGUUGGGAUAUUUUUGAUAUUUCGAGUUGUUGCCUCGUAGAUUAAUAAAUUCGAAUGCGAUUGCUCGUACAGAUGUGAGGAAAAUAAUUUUUUCCAAUAAAAAUGCUCAAAUUGUCCCGUCACAUCCACUGAAAUGAUUCAGGACAUUGCGAGACACAAUCGCCGUAAUUUCAGUUCUUUAAUUGUUUUUUGAUUUUUUUACGGGCUCUCGUGGCGACGAGGACAGAAACAAAUUAAAAAUAUUUCGCUGAAAAUAUCGUACAAUAAUAGUAAUUGCUUACUUAAUUAUCAGGUUGGUUAACAGGUCUCAAGAGCUGUAGGACUAAUUGCGCUGAUUACACGCUUAUAGUCUGUUGUCAAUACUUAUUGUCAACUAAUUCGUGAUUCAGUCGGUGAUUCACAUAUUUAACAUUUUAAUUUUUCUUUCUGAUCGGCAUUAUCAUUAACUAUAGUACAUUGAUAUCAGGUUAAUUUAGUCAAUAGCUGUUUGUACUAGCAGUUGUGCUGAAUUAUUAACACGCAUUAUUUUUUACUAAAGGAAUAAACAAAACGUUAACGCGCAGCUUUCAGCCCACAAACUCGAUCUCAGAUUUAUUAUUUUUUUCUUUCAUUAUUAAAAUACUUUUCGUUCCUAAUGUGUUUAUUUUUCUCAUCUUUUAACAAUGAUUAUUUCUGUUAAGCGCAUUUUCUUAUUCCUUUAUUUCGAUAGCUGGUAGUUUCACGUAAGACUUUUUUUUUCUUUCAGGUCGGAAUAGAUGAAGUGUGUGAUUUGAGUGUGAAAGCUGAUUAAAAAAUGAAGCAAAUGAUGUGAGAUGUGGUAAUUGAAACGAUGAGCGACGCCCAUUAAUACAAGAGUCCAAUGAUUGAGGCAACCGUUCGACAAAAUAAACAAAUAAAAAUAAGACAAAAAUUAAAUUGAACAUAGAGAAUCAGUAUUUCCAAGAUUUAAUAAUAAUACAAUCGUAAUUUUAGGGGGUGAUUAUUACGAGCUGAUUGGGGAGGAGACCUUUUUUUUUUCAUUAACAUUCAAAUACUUUCGAUGAAUAAAAUUUGAAAAAUUAUACGAAAAUGACUUAACAAUGGUGCGAGUGUGAAAAACACGUUAUUUGGAUAAUACGAUAAUAGGAAAAUUAUAUCGAGAUAACUCGACAAUUCGCGAGAUAAAACGACGAGGGAAAAAUGAAAUAAAAACCGAUAAUUUUUCAUUAUGAAAACAUUAUGAUUUUCAAAGAAUUUUUUCCUUGUAGAGAAUAUUCAUGAGGAUAUAUUUAUAAAAAACCAAUUCGUGUGAGAAUCUACGUAGAGACCAUGGACCUUUUAUUGUUUGAGGAAUCCUAAAAUGUGUGUGUGUCAUUAUGUAGAUGCCCACCACAGGCAUUAUUAUAGUUGUCAUAUUACGAUUGAUUACGAAUUAUAAAUUAUUCAUUAUUAUAUUAUGAUUAUUAUAUUGAAUGUUGUGCGUAGUUUUUUUUUGAGUUCAUCGAAAACCCCUGCAUCAUAAGGAGUUCCGUGACAUACGAAAUACAGAUACAAAGAGGAAAAUUUAAUGAUAUGAGAAGAAAAAAGAGAGAGAAAGAAGCAUAAUGCGUCUGAGUAAAUGAUGAUAGAACAAUAUAAGGGGAGAGUAAUACGAGUAAUACGAGGAUCAAUAUAUGUAGCGAAGAUAUUUUAUCUUUCGACAUUUUUUUCUUUCGAGCAUCACAUUUAUUAUUAUCACUAUUAUUAGGUAUUAAUAAUUAUUUUGCUGUGCUUUCGAUGUCAGUGGAAUGCACAUCGUUGAUGAGAAAAUAAUGAUGAGUAUCGAGAAUUAAUCGAGCUAAUAAAUCCAUGACGAUUUAUUGAAAUUAAUGAUUUCUGGGAAUGAGAAAUUAUUGACAUUGAGAUAAAUAUCAACGCAGUUCAUUUCACUGAGUAAGUGCUGUUCUGUUUUGUGUUUUUUUUGUGUUUGUAUAUAAUUUAUCGAAUCGCCACAAAUUAAAUCGUCAUUCAUAAUCUUCUAAGUAUUCUGUUCCUCUCUGACGUAAUAUUUUUUUUUAUUUCUUUCCCCUUUUAACGAGAGAGUGUGAGAGAUUAUAGAGAAAAAAGGGUGAAUCAAGAUUGAAGGAAAAAAUAAACAAAUUAGAAUGAAGAAUUGAGUCGGAGAGUGGGACACGAGCCCAGUGUUCGCCUAAUCGCGUGAUGUUAUUUAUUAUUAUUAUUUUUAAUAAGGAAUCCUAGUUUUGAAAAACGAAAAGGUUGAAUUUGGGUAUCGGGAGGAUUUAUUAUUUUUUUCUUGUAUCAUUUGUUUAUUACUUCUUUUUUUCUCCUGGUUUUCAUUAUUAUUUUCUCUUUUCUGCGGGCAUCUUGCCUUCUUAAGUUGAGAGAUAUUAUUUUUCUUUAUUUAAAUUUUAUUAAAUAGAUAUAUAUAUUUCAUUUCAAAAUCUGCCAGACGCAAUUGACUGAUACACGUGUUUUUUGCAUUUACAACAGAUUAUCUUCCCGUAUAAUAAAAAAUAAAUGGAAAAAAAAUCAUAAGAGAAAUGAAUAUAUAAAGGAGAGAAUCUUGAGUAUUUAUUUUUGGGCAUUAUUCGACAGUCAUUGAGAAAAAAAGACUUUUCUGCUCUCGUGAAAGAAAAAAAAAUUGAGUAAAAGAUUAAAUGUUACAAAAUAAAAUGAGUAGACAGUGAAAAAAAAAACAUAGUGUAAAUGCAAAUAUAAAUUACCCGCAGCAAAGACAAAUAAUGAUAUAUGCUAGGGCACGCGAUUUAAAUACAAUUAUUAAUUACUACUAUCAAAGUACGCAUAAAAAAAGGGAAAGAAAUUACAAAUGCCACGAACGAGUGAGAGAAAAACAAAUUAUUUUCGAGUGCAUGAAAGAGACAAAAAAAAAUGAGAAAAGCUAAAAAGAAAAAGAAUAAUUAAUACGAAGAAAUAGCUACAAGUUUAUUAUUUUCUAUAUUUUUUUAUGUAAUUUUACGAACACGAUAAUAUAUUAUUAUUAGUAUUAUAUUAUUAUGAAUAUUUUAAUAUAUAAUAUGAUUCAAAUGAG